AGAGGAGAGACCGAGGAGGUGAAGGGGGACGGAGAGGAAGGUGGACAACGAAAGGGGAAGAGGAAAGUGAGUGGAGAGGAGAGGCCGAUGGAGGAGAGGCGGAGGAGAGGACGAGAACAUCCGAGAGAUAGCAAAGGGUGAGAAUUCGGGAAACCGAUGAGCGCGGGGAGAGAAGGAAGAAAAGAACGGACGGGAGAAGGGGAUAGGAAAUAGAAGGACGAGGAGGGAGAGAAUCGAAUGUCGAAGGAGAAGAGGCAGAGUGACAGGAAAGCACAGAUUGAUGGAUGAGAUCGAGUAAUCGAGGGAUCGAUCAGGAGAAAGGAGAAGAGGAAGGGGUAGAUGCACUGGAGUGUGGAAGGAGCGGAAGGAGCGACAGACGGUGCUCGUAAGCCACACGGAAGUGAGGUUAGCGGGCGGAAAGUCGACAAUAGAGACGGAAAGCAGAGGAAGAAAAGGAGAAGGAAAGGCGAAAGAGGAAGCGGAGAGGAAGAUAGGGAGAAGGAAGAGACGAGAAAAGAAGAGGUGAAAGAGAUGGAGACAGGAAGAAGGUUAUAGGAAACAAGGAGACGGGGCACAGGCAGAAAGAAGGAAGUGAACAGCGAAGAGGAUCGGCGGGGGAGAGCGAUGGAGGAGAAGAGAGAGGGGAGAAGGAAAGAUGCAGAGGAGAGUA